GCCCGUUGACCAUAACAGGAGUCGGCGGAGAAGCUUUCGGGGUGGAGCAGCUCUGCCAACACAGUCGAUGUGGAAAAAACAGAGCCAACGGUAGAAAAAUGAGGUGUCACCGUUUCCUCCAGCUGACUCGGUGAACCGAAGAACCGCCGGGCCUUUAUGGCGAGCCUGUCCUACUUGGUGCUCCGGUUUUCGGGCUCCGCUGGCCGGACGUACGGGGUGUUCUCCAAAGGCUUGACGAGGACUUUGUUGAUAUUUUUUGAUCUCGCAUGGCGGCUGCGAAUCAGAUUCCCGUACAUCUACCUGGUGGCCUCCAUGAUGUUUAACGUCAGAUUACAGGUCCACAUUGAAAUCCACUGAGUCUUCAUCCAGACACUGAACCCUGAACAGCGAGCACUGCCUUGUUCCCACCUCUGAACGUCGCAGCGAUGUGGACCAAGAGGACGCUUGAUUCUGCGAGAAAAGUGACACGGCUGAUUGUUUCUGUCGUCGCAGAAGCCCGGCGCCUUCGCAGGUGAAGGACGGCGACGUCUGCAGAAAUGCGACGGGGGGAUUCUGACGGUGGAGGUUACUGAUCUGGGAGGAUUUCUCUUCUCUCUGGACGAUAGAAGAUUGUUACUGCUCCGACAUGUUUGUCUCAAAAACUGGAUCCAUUUCACUUUAAUUUAAAAAGGAAAUCUUGUCGCUGCACAUCACAAACAAGCAUGUUUCUGUCUCUUUGGUGGCUCGGACACUUUCUGUUGGAAGCGGGUUUAGCUGUCGAAGGUACGCCGUCUUUUAGCAGAGGUUUGUUGUAGAACAGCUGCAACUGGAAUCACUGCAUGUCUCUGUUGACGUCGUCACUCUCACUGUUGUGUUUCUGCAUAUCAGCGGCACUGGAAGAAGGUGACGCUAGUGAGAAAUGUUACCUGGAAAACAGUUUUUUUUUUCUUUUUAGACGCAUUUGUCUCAAGUUUUGAUUUCUGUGAAAUAAUGUGUUUGUGGAGCUUUGAAGUCACAAAAGUGAGAAUGAUCGAACUCUGGAGGAAAUAAAUCAAUGAAAUCACAA